CCCACAGUGUCCUCUGCUUCCUCUUCCCCUUCCCAGCCAGUCCGGUCUUUGCAUGCUCAGCCCUGGACACCUCCUCCUGGAAGCCCCCUGGGCGGGCUGUUGGAGCAAUCGCUGACUGAGUGCUUUAUAGGAAGCCAGGGCUGGGCGAGGUGGCCGGGGCUGAGCCAGGACCCCGCCCCCAGCCUGGGCCUCAGACCCACCCCGCUUCUGCUGUCCUUUCCUGCAGCUUCCGCCUGUGCUCUGGCCUCGUGCCUUCAACACUGUGUCUCAGCUGCAGUCUCACCUGAGAACUUCCCUUGGUUCCUGGGACUUCCUCAUCUUGGAUCAUUCUUCUGCCAUGUUUGCUCACUCCUCCCACUGUCAACCACAAUGUCAACAGCCAAUAGAGAGAAGAGACUGAGACGGUCAUCUGGAACUGGGGAAUCAGUGACAUUUAAGGAUGUGGCCGUGGACUUCACCGCAGAGGAGUGGGGAUGCCUGGGCCCUUCUGAGAAGAAGCUCUACAGGGAUGUGAUGCUGGAGAACUAUGGGCAUCUAGUCCAUCUGGGACUUGCUGUUUCCAAGCCAGAUGUGAUCUGCCACUUGGAGAGAGGGGACCCUCCUUGGAAGCCAGUGAUUAAAGUCCCAAGGACCAGCUUUCCAGAUGGUGAGACUAGGUCGGAAACCAUGAGGUCAUCUCUAAAGGGGAACAUUUCUCUUGAGACAUUUUCUCAGAAAAAUCUCAAAAAGGCUAGUGUAUUGACCUCCAGCAGGAGAGAAGCCUGGAAAUGUGGUGCCAGUUUGGGCAGGCAUCGAAGCUCUAAGGAGGAACAUUCUUGCGAUCCUUAUAUUUUCACCAUGGCUGGAGGCAAACGUGUUCUCGAGGGGAAAAGUGAACCAUCUCGUAAGCGCAAGUCAAUAGACUUGGAGAUGAAAAUGAACAUAAUUAGAAAAUAUGAAGGAGGACAAAAAUUGUCAUCGAUAGCACGUGAACUUGGCCUUGCCGUGUCGACUGUGAACACCAUAGUGAAGGAUGCUGCCCGGAUAAAGGAGCACGCGGAAGACAGUGCUUGCAUGAAGUUGACUUACCUGUCAAAACACAGAGAAGGCGCUAUCCUAGAGAUGGAAAAACUAUUAACCAUGUGGAUCGAAGCCCAGAAUCAGAGGAAUAUUCCUUUAAGCUUACUGGCAAUUCAAGACAAGGCCAGAAGCCUCUUUGAAGAUUUAAAGGUAAAAUACCCUGAAGGAACACAGGUAUUUACAGCAAGUAGUGGUUGGUUUGCACGGUUUAAAAAUCGUGCAGGAUUUCAUAAUAUGCAUGUGUCUGGAGAGGCUGCUAGUGCAGCUAUUGAAGCAGCAAAGAAGUUUCCAGAGUUCCUGCAAAAAAUAAUAGACGAAGGUCCCUACUUGCCAGAGCAAAUCUUUAAUGUAGACAAAACCGGCCUUUUUUAUCAAAAAAUGCCAUCUCGAACUUAUAUCUCAGUGGGGGGGAAAAACGAUGCUGGGGCACAAGGCUUCAAAAAAUAGAGUUACUCUUCUACUUGGAGGGAACGCAUCUGGGACUUGCAAAUUAAAACCUGUUGUUGUACACCACUCAGAAAAUCCUAGAGCAUUAAAAGGCAUCAGCAAGGCAACUCUACCUGUGUAUUAUUUUGCUAACCCUAAGACAUGGAUAACUCUUGAUAUCCUUGAACAAUGGUUUAUGCACUGCUUCAUUCCUGAAGUGGAGAAGUUUUGUAAUGACAAUGGCAUUCCUUUCAAAAUUCUACUGAUUUUGGAUAAUGCCCCAGGUCACCCUCUCCAUCUGGAUGAUUUUAAUGAAAAUGUAAAAGUGGUCUACCUUCCCCCUAAUACUACCUCAUUAUUACAACCUAUGGAUCAGGGAGUGAUUGCGGAUUUCAAGGCCUAUUAUUUACGUAUUACAUUUGCCAAGGCAAUUGCAGCUUUGGAUGCAGAUAAAGACUUGACAUUGAGAGAUUUCUGGAAGUCCUAUAACAUUUACCAUGCAAUCCAGAAUAUUGCUAAGGCUUGGGGAGAUGUCACACAAGCAUGUAUGAAGAGAGUUUGGAAAAAAGUGUGCCCGCAGCUUGUUCCUGAUUUUAGUGGAUUAGACAAAGAUGAAACGUUAAAACAAGUGAGUAACAAGAUUGUAAAAUUAAAACAGGAAUUGGAGCUAAAAGUGGAUGAGAAUGAUGUGGAGGAGUUGAUUGAUGGAGAAGAACUAUUGAAUGAGGAUCUGAUCGAGCUGCUGGCUGCAAAGAUUGAAGAAGAAGAAAGGGAAGCUUCGGAACCUGAGGUCGAACCAAAAAGGUUCACAGUGAAACGGUUGGCAGAAGCAUUUCACCAUUUGGGUGCAUUUUUUUCUUCUAUUGAAAAAAUGGAUCCAAAUACUUCAAGAUUUUUUAAAGUUCAAAGGCUAGUUGAGGAUAAUGUUGCUUGCUAUCGUCAGAUAUAUGAGGAAAAAAAGAGAGCCACUGUCUAAACAUCUCUUGAUAGCAUCAUAAAUGAAAAAGUUGUGUAGCCAACCAUGAGUGAUAAAGGCUAGGUGCAGUGGGUGGGGAAAGGGGCAGCUUACUGCACACCUAUGUUAACUUUACUGCACAGUAUUGUGCGUACUUUAUUGUUAACUUUGCCUUUCAUUUCAUAAUUCUGCUUAUUAUGGUACAGUAUUGAAUAUGUCUCUAUUUUAGUACAUUUUAAGACUUGCGUAAAGGUAUUAUUUUGUAUAUGCCUUUGUUACAUAGGCUAAGUGAAGAGGUUGGGUAGAGGCAAAUUAUGUAAAAAUCACUUUAUGUAGAGGUCUGCAUAACAGUUCACUUAUGUAAAGGGAGAACUGUCUGUAUAAUGAAUAAAGAAAAGCCUUCAAGUCCAA